GGGUGUUCUGCUGUUCUGUAGUGUUGGGUCCAGUCCAAAUGACAGAAAGAGGCAGCGGCGGGCCGGCGGUUCGGACGGUUCUGCAGCAGUGCCUGCAGGCCAGGCUGCAGGUGGAACCAGCCGAGGAGGACCGGGAGGCUCGUUUCGUCCAGAUCCACAGAGGGAUGGUGAUCUACGUCUGCUUCUUCAAGGGCGCCACAGACGACAUCCUGCCGAAAACGGUGUCCACCCUGCUGAGCCUGCGGCUGUGCGAGUCCACCACGGGGCGCCUGGUUUCAGUGUCGGAGCUCCCGGGCAGCCUGCUGAUCGUCCCUCAGGCCACGCUGGGGGGUCGGGCCAGAGGCCGGGCCAUGCAGUACCACAGCAACAUCAGCAAGGAGGAGGGUCAGCGUCUCUACGGCGCCUUCGUCUCUCUGUGCGAGAAGGAGCUGCUGGCCGCCGCGGCCGGGACCGGAGUCCAGGUCACCGUCCAACACGGAACGUACGGGAACAGACAGGUUCUGCAGCUCGACACCAAUGGACCCUACACACACCUCAUGGAGUUCUGAGGCCCGUCUGGGUCUGUCAGCAGAACCAGGAGGCCGAUGGUCAUUAAACCAGCUGCACCUGGACAUCAGUUUCAUGUAGAAUUGUGCGUUUUUGUCUCAACAAAGAAACAAAACGUUUAAUAUAAAAAUUGAAAGUUUUUUUGUUUUAUUUUUUCU